UUCAUCACAUUGCCUUGCAGACAGCAUAGCACUGUACUCAAGAUGAAGACUCUUCCUUUGGUUCUGUUUUUCGGAGCUUCGGUUGCCUUGGCAAGAUCGCCUUUUGAGCAUUCAGCUCUCGAUGAAUUUUCCGACGAAGAAAGAGAAAAUUUGUUGGGAGAGUUGGCUGAUGAGGAAAACGAUCCGAAAUUUCCUCUACCGCUUUUCCCUUCAACACUUUCGGCGAAGCUAUGUGAAAUUUCACGGGGGAUUUGUCUGGCGCUCUCUAAGAAUGACCCUUGCAAAAAAAUGGAUUGUCGUGAGAAUUAUAGAAACUGCAUCGAGUCAAAGUUACCGAAACCACGUCUCGCGCCAACUGUGGGAGAGAAAAAGUGCCACGACCUUGAUAAAAAAUGCAAGACCACUACUGACUGCAAGCAGAAAUUAAUUUGUAUGGCCGUGGUUAAAAUAUGCUUGGGGGUAACCGGUCUGAAGCCCAAACCCCCUCUUUAUUGAAGACCCAACUUCAUUCCCAGGGCCUUUGACCGGUGAUCGACCCUCUUCGAAUGUUUAACUUAAAAGCCGUCAUUUUCGCGCCAGUUAUGCCGAAGAUAUUAUUUGAUGUAGAUGUCAUGGAUAAUCAAAUAAUUUGGAGGAAUAAAGUUGAUUAAAAACUUUAGA